AUGUCUGAGCAGAUCAAAGCCGAUACUCGGCUCUCUGAGCACGUCAAUGGGACAGAAAAUGUGACUACCACCUCUGUCGAUGAGGAGAAGGGCCGCCUCCAAGUUGAUACCGUUCAUGGCGAUGAAGCGACCAUAGUGUUGGCUAGCUACGAGGGAGACCAGGAGUGGUCUCCAGAAGAGGAGAAGAAGCUCACCAAGCGGAUCGACUGGAAACUUCUGCCUGUUCUUUGCGUCACGUACGGAUUGUUAUACUAUGACAAGGCCAUGCUUGGUCAAGCUGCCAUCUUUGGGCUCCGAGAUGAUCUCCAAUUGGGAACUGGGAAUCGCUACUCCUUUUCCUCCGCCAUAUUCUACCUUGGGUUCAUUGCUGGCGCCCAGCCAGCCAUGAUGAUUGCUCAACGAUACCCCAUCGAACGAGUGGCUUCCGUGAUCACUGUGGUCUGGGGCAUCACGUUAAUUCUCACCCCAGCCUGCACCAAUUUCCAAGGGCUUUACGCACAACGCUUCUUCCUCGGCUUCACCGAAGCUGGUAUCUCUCCUAUGUUUAUGAUGAUCGUUGGAGGCUGGUACAAAAAGAAUGAACAGGCAUUGAGAAUGGGAGUCUGGUAUGCAUGCACUGGCUACGCAUCCGUCUUCUCACCCAUUUUGAACUACGGCCUUGGUCACAUCCAAGGCAGUCUCUCACCCUGGCAGUACAUGUAUCUCUUUGCAGGUGCUCUCACUAUUGUCUGGGGUAUCGCCGUUUGGUUCGUGCUGCCACCAGACCCGAUCAGAGCAAAAGGAUUCAAUGAGCGCGAGCGAUAUAUCGCCGUUGCACGCAUGCGAUCCAACAAUUCCGGCGUCCGCAACACUCACUGGAAGACUUCCCAAGCACUAGAGCUACUUGUCGAUAUCAAGUUUUGGAUUAUGUUCUCCAUCGCCUUCCUCUGCAUGAUCGCAAAUGGGCCUAUCUCAACCUUCAUUCCUAUCAUUAUUAACGGAUUUGGCUUCAACAGACUCAACUCACUGCUACUACUUAUGCCUGCCGGUGUUUAUGCUGGCACCAUGCAAUUGCUUGUUCCUUACUUGGCGUACAAGUUCAACAACAUUCGAUCCUACCUUAUUUUCUGUGCUCAAAUGGGCACGACACUGGCGGCGCUGCUACUCUGGCUUCUGCCUCGUGGGCAGACAGGUGCGCUGUUAUUUGCGUGCUAUAUCCUUCCUUCAGUUGGCUCCGGCUACGCCAUUCUGAUGGGCCAUGGGCUCGCCAAUACUGCCGGAUACACUAAACGAUCACUCGCAUCAUCAGGUAUCUAUAUUGGCUAUUGCCUUGGCAAUUUCGUCGGUCCUCUGGUUUUCAAGCCCCAAGAUGCACCCCGCUAUGUCCCGGGCUUUAUCGUCGUAGUGAUCACUGCCAUCAUUGCCGGUGUUCUUGCGAUUGUGUACCGGUUUGUCUGUAUGUGGGAGAAUGCUCGCCGUGAUAAAACGGGCACAAUGGAAGGCUUUGAGCAUGCCUACGAAGACGAUCUGACAGAUCGAACAAACCCUCAGUUCCGAUACAUCUUGUAAAGGCCGGGAAACGGAGAUAUUCAAGUUUUGGUCCAGUGAAGCGUUGUUCUGUUGCUACGAAUCUAGCAAUCUUUCUUAUCAGCGUG